AUGGCUGAAGGCAGCAACUACGACUAUCUCUUCAAGGUCGUCCUGAUUGGUGACUCUGGCGUCGGGAAGUCCAAUCUGCUUUCGCGUUUCACACGUAACGAGUUCAAUCUCGAGUCCAAGUCGACUAUUGGCGUAGAGUUUGCUACCAGGUCAAUCAAUGUCGAUGGAAAGACGGUGAAGGCUCAAAUCUGGGACACUGCUGGUCAGGAACGUUACCGAGCUAUCACCUCUGCCUACUAUCGGGGUGCUGUUGGCGCUCUCCUCGUUUACGAUAUCGCCAAGCAUGCGACUUACGUCAAUGUGACGCGGUGGUUGAAGGAACUGCGGGACCAUGCUGACUCUAACAUCGUCAUCAUGUUGGUCGGAAACAAGAGCGAUUUGAAGCAUCUGAGAGCUGUACCUACGGACGAGGCGAAGACAUUCUCUACUGAGAAUGGUCUGUCAUUCAUCGAGACAUCGGCGCUGGACGCCUCGAAUGUCGAAGCUGCCUUCCAAACUAUUCUCACUGACAUUUACCGCAUCGUCUCGAGCAAGUCACUGGAGUCGUCGACAUCGAACAUCGAACCUCCCAAGGCCAGCAUUAGUGUAGGACCCAGUGUAGACUCCAAUGCCAACCAGGGCGGAAAGUGCUGCUAG